AAAACGACACUAUCUCUCUCUCUCUGUGUUCUUCAUUUUUCUUCUCUUCUUCAAGAAGAGGCUCUAAUCGACAUAGAAGAUUGCAGAAGUUUUUUUCAAUAUUAGAAAUACUGCCUCGGACAUUAAGCUCAUGAGUCAUGACUUCCUCAAUCCAUGAGCUGUCUGGUAACAUUGUAAGUCAUGAGAAGCAAGAACAGAGAGAUUCUCAAUUCCAAUCACCAACUCUUCCUGGAAGAAAUUAUGAAUCAAUGGCUACAAGUUUAGUCUACUCAGAGCCGGUUCCUCCUCCUCACCCGGGGAGUACACUUCCCAUGGCACCUGGACAAUACCCAUAUCCAGAUCCUUACUACAGAAGCAUCUUUGCACCGCCUCCACAACAACCCUAUGCAGGGGUACAUGUACAGUUAAUGGGAAUGCAGCAACAAGGUGUUCGGUUACCAUCUGAUGCAGUCGAGGAACCUGUUUUUGUAAACGCAAAGCAAUACCACGGAAUACUGAGGCGAAGGCAAUCUAGAGCAAAACUUGAAUCGCAGAAUAAAGUCAUCAAGUCACGUAAGCCAUAUUUGCAUGAAUCUCGGCAUUUGCAUGCGAUAAGAAGACCAAGAGGAUGUGGUGGCCGGUUUCUCAAUGCCAAGAAGGAGGAUGAGCAUCACGAAGAAAGUCAUGAAGAUAGUUCCAACCUUAGCUCUGGUAAAUCCGCCAUGGCUGCUUCGAGUGGUACAUCUUGAGAAGGUCCCUACACGAAAAAGCUUUUGUUGUAUUUUGGCUCUCUGCUUGGUGUCAGCUCAUCUAUAUCUUUUAGUGUAUGAUAUAUAUAUAUAUAUACAAAUCUUUGUAGAAAAGGUAUAGGGUUCUUGGGAGCAAUUAGGUAAAACGUGAAGUGGGGUUUUUUAGACUUGUGAUUAUUAAAAUAAAACCCACUGAGGAAGAAAGGAAAAAUAAAUAAAGGGAAAUGUCAUGAUGUUUUAGUUAAAGAUACAAUGCUACUGAUAUUAUUGUUUUGUUGUAAGAAAUUUUGGUAAUAAAACGAAGAAUGGAAGAA